GUUUUUGUUGACGCACCGGCAGAAGAGUAGUGUUUGGAGUUGUAGCUUCGUUAGCUUUUCACAGAAAUUAUCGGAUUAACGGUGAAAAUGUGCUAAUAACAGAAACAAUAAAGACCUUCUCAUCAAUGGCAUCGCUGUGGUCAAAAAUCUCUGCUAUUCUGCCUUUCAAUGAAGAGCAGUUUCCACUGCAGUUCACCGACAGAGUGGAGUCAAGUGUGCUGGAAAUGCUGAAACGGUGCAGGCGGCAGCUGUACAGUGCCACAACAAGUGCCAGCCAUAUGCUUAAUGCUCAGAUCAUCUUGGAUAUUUCAUGGGAGAGACUCAACACAGGAACAUGGCGCCAGGUGGAUAAAGAGUGGAGGCGUGUUUACUCCUAUGGAUGUCUGUUCAAAGUGGCUGCUUUGUGUCAUGGUAAUCCAUCAGAAGAUGAGGUCCUGCAGGCUGUCAGGACAUGUGACAUGGGUCUACUCAUGGGGGCGGCCAUCAUGGAUAAUAUACUUCAGGUUAUUGUUCAGAUUCUGCAACAGGAAACAAGGAAAUCUGCCAAAGAAGAAGAUGAAAAUGAACAUUCUGAGGCCAAGAGAAUAAAGAUUGCAAGCCCACAUGUUCCUGUGAUCAAAGAAGAGUUGGCGGUUCCCAGGAUAAAGUGUCCUUCGCUGGAAAGCUUCAACACCAACUAUCUGCUCCCCCUCAAACCAGUGAUUUUAGAAGGAAUCACUGACCACUGGCCUGCCUUCAACAAACACCCCUGGAGCAUAGAAUACCUGAGGUCUGUGGCUGGUUGCCGGACUGUUCCUGUUGAGGUGGGGUCCAGGUAUACAGAUGAGGAUUGGUCACAAACGCUGCUUACGGUCAACGAAUUCAUUGACAGAUACAUUCUGAAUAAAGAUGAAGGGAAAGCUUUGGGUUAUCUGGCUCAGCACCAGCUUUUUGAUCAGAUACCGGAGCUAAAGGAAGACAUCUGCCUCCCCGAUUAUUGCUGCCUUGGUGAAGGAGAUGAAGACGAUAUCACUGUGAAUGCGUGGUUUGGGCCCGGAGGCACAGUGUCUCCUCUUCACCAAGACCCUCAACAGAACUUCCUGGCCCAGGUGGUGGGAAGCAAAUAUAUUCGCCUAUAUUCCCCAGAGGACACAGACAAGCUGUACCCUCAUCAAUCACAGCUGCUUCACAAUACCAGUCAGGUGGAGGUGGAGAAUCCAGACACCGAGCGAUUCCCCGAGUUUGCCAAAGCUCCGUAUCUCGAAUGUGUGUUACAGCCUGGAGAUGUGCUGUUCAUCCCUGUCCGACACUGGCAUUAUGUCCGAUCCUUAGAACUCAGCUUCUCUGUCAGCUUCUGGUGGUCAUGAUUGGAAAUUCCUAAUAAAAAAAAUAUAUAUUUUCUGUAGAAUACAAACUGGAA